AUGGUUUCUAGCGAGCCGGCCGCGGCUGGCGUGGAUGAGGCUGGCACUCGCUGCGCUGAUGCGGCUAAGGAUCUGCUGGCUUGUGCCACGGUGACGUCACCAUCAAUCCACGAGCCGCACUGUCAAAGCGCGCUGACAGCGGCAGCUGAGACGCUGUCAUCAGCCGCGCAGCACCUAGCAUCCGCCUGGAAGCCGCUGGUGGAAGACCCUUCGAGGAAGCAGAUCGGAGACGAUCUCAAGGACAAGACCCUUGACUUGGCUAAAGCAUUAGAUAGACUGAAGAAUGCCUUCGCUAACUUGAACGGAGCUGCCAGCGAUGACUCCGAUGAUGACCCGAUAAGGAAGGGCCAGCGGCUGCAGUUCAUCACCACUGUUGCUGAUGCUAAGAACCGGCUGGCCGAGGCUGAGGAUGAACUCAAGAAGGCUCUAUCCGAAGCCCCAUUGGACAAGGCUUCAGCGAGCGAGCUGCAAAGGAAACUGGCGCAAAGGGUGGCCCAACUGAACGCCGCGUUGGCCGCCCUUGUGGCCGCUACUUCAGAUCGAGAAAAACCAGACUACACAACGGCUGAUCUGGCUGUCACUACGAUCACUGAACUAAUGCCCGACAUUGUAAAAGAUGGCAAAGCUCUAAGCGCGACGAUGGACGAGAAGAGUCGCGAGGACAUGAUGCGCGAGCUGAAGGCACUUUGUGACGCCAGCCGCGCCGUCUGCGAGGCCAGCGAGCAUGGAGGCACGGAGGCCCUCAACAACUCGGCCUCCAAGUUCGCGAAGACAUCAGGCAAGCUCUUCUACGUGUUCAAUCCUCGAGCAAACCAGAAUAAGGACAAUGAGAUCAUGGGCGCGUCGUCAGCAGCGUUUGUGCAGGCGUCGGCCAUGUUGGCUAAAGUGCAACAGCUGGCGUCCGACGUCGGCGGCGAAUCAGGCGCCGAGCUGGACCGCGCGGGAACUAAGGUCGCUGACGCCGCCAACACUCUGCUUACCUCUGCUCAGCUGACCGCACCAUGCAUAGAAGACCCUCGCUGCCAGGCCGGCCUGCUGUCUUCAGCCAACAGCCUCUCAUCAGCCGCCCAGCAGCUGGCCUCCACCUGGACACCACUGCUGCAGGACCCGCAUCAUCACGACCUGAGGAAGAAGCUGGAAGGAGACCGCCAACAGCUGGAGAAAGAGUUAGAGCGGUUGAGGAACGCUUGCCAAGUGGUUUCAAGUGGGAACCGCCAACAGCUGGAGAAAAAGUUAGAGCGGUUGAGGAACGCUUGCCAAGUGGUUUCAAGUGGAGACGGUCCCUCGGGCCGCAAGUCUGCAAGUCCGGACAAGCAGCGCCUGCAGUUCAUUACUACCGCGGCUGCCGCCAAGAAACAGGUCGAGGCUGCUGAGAAAGAACUCAACAAGCCGGCAAUAGCGCCGAAGGGCCCGACGGCGACCGCGGAUUUGAAGCACAGGCUGUAUGACAGCGCCGCGCGUCUCAACGCAGCCGUCGCCGCGCUCGUGGCCGCCGCCGCCGACCGUGAAAAUCCUGACUACGUAGCGGCAGACAACGCCAUGAACACAAUAAACCAACUCCUGCCGCAGAUAGUAAAAGAUACAAAAUCAGCAACUUCGGGCGAAGACGAAAAGACUCGAGAGGAAACAUUGCGCGAACUUAGGGCACUGUGUGACGCCGCGAGAGGCGUUUGCGAGAGCGCGGGCGCCACCUCCAAUGAGGAUCUGAACAGAUCAGCGGCGAAACUAGCCUGCGCGACCGGCAAACUGGUGUACGUGUUCAAUCCCCGUGCCAGCCAGGACAAGGAACACGAGAUUCUGGAUGUGUCAUCAUCCGCGUGUGAGAAAGCCUCGCAGCUGCUGAACGAUGUGUACCAACUAGCCGCAGAAGCGGAUGGUGAAGCUGGCUCACAGCUCGAUGGCGCCGGCUCUAAGCUGGCCGACGCUGCCAAUGCCUUGCUCACCACGGCGCAGCUCACAGCUCCGUGCAUGCAAGACCCUCGCUGCCAGGCAUCUCUAGUCGCAUCAGCUAAUGCGGUAUCCGCCGCCAACCAACACCUGGCUUCCACCUGGCUACCAGUCGUCCAGGAUCAGAAGUACCAGGCCCUUGGUGAAAAGAUACAGAAGGGACGGACUAACUUGGAUGAAGAGCUGGAAAGGCUGAAGAAGGCUUGUCGUGUCGGUGACAACGGAAAUGAAGUUCAAGUGAAAGGCGUCACCCGACCAGCGUUGACGAAGGACCCGAAACACUUGAAGUUUGUCAGCACGGCAGCCGAGGCAGAGAGCGUUCUCCAAAAGGCCGAGAAGGAAUUAGAUAAGCCAAUAGUGGCAGCUAAAGGCGGCCAAAUGCCAGCUGACCUACAAAACAGGUUGGCUCAAAGUCUCGCCCAGCUCAAUGCUGCCAUCGCUGCACUUCUAACUGCUACGGCAGAUCGUGAGAAACCAGACUACGAAACUGCGGAACAGUCCAUUCAGGCUAUCAACCAGCUGAUGCCACAAGUUGUGAAAGAUACUAAGGCACUUACUGCUAGCAAAGAUGAGAAGGAACGUCAGGCGUUGUUGGAUGAAUUGAGGAGUAUGUGCGAGGCGACUCGCGGUAUAUGCUCUAGCGCGAGAGACGGCAACCACGAGGAUCUGAACAGUUCAGCGGCGAAGCUAGCUAACGCGAGCGGCAAACUGGUGUUCCAGUUCAAUCCGCGCGCCAGCCAGGAUAAGGAACGUGAGAUCAUAAACGUGUCAUCAUCAGCGUGUGGAAAAGCCUCGCAGCUGCUGAACGAUGUGUACCAACUGGCCGCGGAAGCGGAUGGCGAGACCGGUGAUCAGCUUGACGGCGCCGGCUCCAAGCUGGCUGACGCUGCCAAUGCUUUGCUCACCACGGCGCAGCUCACAGCUCCAUGCAUGGAAGUCCCUCGCUGCCAGGCGUCUCUGGUCGCCGCAGCCAACGCGGUAUCCGCCGCCAACCAACACCUGGCCUCCACCUGGCUACCAGUUAUCCAAGAUCAGAAGUACCAGGCCCUUGGCGAGAAGAUACAGAAGGGAAGGAGCGAAUUAGAGGAUGAACUGGAGAGAUUGAAGAGGGCGUGUCGUGUCGGUGACAGCGGAAAUGAAGUGCAAGUGAAGAACGUCGGCCGCCCAGCACCGCCGCAAGGCCCGAAGCACUUGAAGUUUGUCAGCGCGGCGGAGAAGGCUGAAAGCGCUCUCCAGAAGGCUGAAAUGGAACUGGAUAAGCCAAUCGUGCCAACUAGAGGUGGCCAAAUACCAGCUGACCUGCAGAGCAAGUUGGCUCAAAGUCUCGCGCAGCUCAAUGCUGCCAUCGCUGCACUUUUAACUGCUACUGCAGAUCGUGAGAAACCAGACUACGAAACUGCGGAACAGUCCAUUCAAGCUAUCAACCAGCUGAUGCCACAAGUUGUAAAAGAUACUAAGGCACUAAGUGCUAGCAAAGAUGAGAAGGAACGUCAGGCGUUGUUGGAUGAAUUGAGGAGUAUGUGCGAGGCGACUCGCGGUAUAUGCUCUAGCGCGAGAGACGGCAACCACGAGGAUCUGAACAGUUCAGCGGCGAAGCUAGCUAACGCGAGCGGUAAACUGGUGUUCCAGUUCAAUCCGCGCGCCAGCCAGGAUAAGGAACGUGAGAUCAUAAACGUGUCAUCGUCAGCAUGUGGGAAAGCCUCGCAGCUGCUGAACGAUGUGUACCAACUAGCCGCGGCGGCGGACGGCGAGACCGGCGCUCAGCUUGACGGCGCCGGCUCCAAGCUGGCCGACGCUGCUAAUGCCUUGCUUACCACGGCGCAGCUCACAGCUCCAUGCAUGGAAGACCCUCGCUGCCAGGCGUCUCUGGUCGCCUCAGCCAACGCGGUAUCCGCCGCCAACCAGCACCUGGCCUCCACCUGGCUACCAGUAGUCCAGGACCAGAAGUACCAGGCCUUAGGCGAAAAGAUACAGAAGGGAAGGAGUGAAUUAGAAGACGAGCUGGAGAGAUUGAAGAGGGCGUGUCGUGUCGGCGACAGUGGAAAUGAAGUGCAAGUGAAGAACGUCGGCCGCCCAGCGCCGACGCAAGGCCCGAAGCACUUGAAGUUUGUCAGCGCGGCGGAGAAGGCUGAAAGCGCCCUCCAGAAAGCUGAGAUGGAACUGGAUAAGCCAAUCGUGCCAACUAGAGGUGGCCAAAUACCAGCUGACCUGCAGAGCAAGUUAGCUCAAAGUCUCGCACAGCUCAAUGCUGCCAUCGCUGCACUUUUAGCUGCUACGGCUGAUCGUGAGAAACCUGACUACGAAACAGCAGAACAGUCUAUUCAAGCUAUCAACCAGCUGAUGCCACAAGUUGUCAAAGAUACCAAAGCACUUAGUGCUGGCAAAGACGACAAGGACCGUCAGGCGAUGUUGGACGAAUUGAGGAAUAUGUGCGAGGCGACUCGUGGUAUAUGUUCUAGCGCGAGAGAUGGCAAUCACGAGAACAUGAAUUACAACGCGGUGAGAUUCGGAAACAAUUCCGGGAAGCUGUUCUACGUCAUCAGUCCCCAAACCAAUCAGGAUAAAGAGCACCAGAUAAUCGACCUGUCAUCUCAAGCGUGCGAGAAGGCCACCAUGCUUCUGACCGAAGUGUACCAGUUAGCAGCUGAAGUAGGUGGAGCUACCGGCGCGGAGCUAGACAGCUGCGGAUCUAACACCGCUGACGCUGCCAAGACUCUACUUGCUACUGCCCAGUUAACCGCGCCAAGUAUCCACGAGCCGCGCUGCCAAGCCGCCAUGCUGUCGGCAGCGGACGCGCUAUCAUCGUCCGCCCAGCGCUUGGCCCACGCGUGGGCGGCGCCCGCCCAGCUGCCCGCCCAGAAAGAGAGAGCCGCCCAGCUGGAGAUCGAGAGGAGGGAAUUGGAAGACGCUGUGGAGAAGAUCAGGGCUGCUGUGCGCGAUGAUGCUGCUGCGGUAAAGUCCCCUACUCGGCGGGCGCCGCCUCCGCCCCCCAAGCGCGCGUCGACCGGCGAGCCCCGGCGCUCCAUGGCCUCUGCAACCCGGGACUUCAACCAGGAGUUCCUGCACCAGCUGCGCUGCGAGGAGAGCCAGAACGCCGGCAACGUAGUAGACGACGACGUGGCCAUCGCUAACAAGCGUAAGACGGACGACGAGAAGGCUUUGCUCCAGCAGUUUGGCAGGAGCGUGGAUGCUGCAGCCCUGAAGAUCAAGAAGGCUGAGGAAGAUGUUAAUAAGAUAUACAGCGCCAAGGACGACGUGGUGCCCGCGCUGUCUGUGGACCAGACGCUGGUGGUGCAGAAGCAGAUGGAGCAGAAGCUGUCUCAAGCCGCCGUCGCGGCUGCCAACCUCGUAGCCAGCAACCAUCCCGACUCGAUAGACUUGGUUGUGGCGUCAAAGUCUACUGCGACGUUGUCAGAAUUGAUGCCGCACAUUGUGCAAGAUGCUAAACUGUUGCGAGGUUCUUUGAAUGACGAAGAAAGGAAACGCUUCGUGUCCGACAUCGUGGCUCUGUUCGAAGCCACCAAGAACAUGCUAGAAGCUGCCAAAGAGGAUAGAAAGAAACUGGACAAGUCCGCCGUGGAGUUCGGCAACAAGUCGGCCAAGUUGCUGUAUGUCGUCAGCACCGAUGUAGACCCAGGACAAGAGAAAGAGGUGUUGGAGCGAGUGCGCAACAUCAACGAGAACGCGUCCCGGCUGGCCGUGCUGGGCGCCGAGUCUGCGAGCCAUCUGCCCGCGCCGCAGCUGCAGGCGCUGUGCCGUGCGGGCGCCCGCGCAGCCGGGGCCGCCACCACCCUCGCCUACACCGCCAAGCUGGUGGCGCCCUCAAUCCAAAACGCCGAGUGCAACGAAGCCCUAACCAACGCCUCCAACGAACUCUCAACCCACCUCCAAACCUAUUCCUCAACCUGGGCGCCCCUGGAAGCCUCCCCUCAAUCCUCGUCCAUCACCGAGUUGAGGACCGAAGCAGCGAGCUUGGAGAAGCUCCUGGAGGAAUUGAGGAGGGACCUGGGAACUGGGAAGCUGGUUAAGAGGAGAACUGUGGAGAGGGUGGUGGUUGAAGAUACUCCAUUAAGGAGGCUAGCCUGUGUGGUGCAGGAGGAGGCUAAGAAAAGAGCCGAAUCAACGAAUACUUCGCCUGAGCUGCGAGCCAAGUACGCCAAGUAUGCGAAUGAACUGGGCCAAGCUGUCAAGCAGCUGGACUUGGCCUACCACAGGUGUCGCCAGGCGCCACAGGAUCUAGAGAAACGCCAAGAGCUGGAGUAUGCAGUGCAGAACCUUCAGAUCACUCUGCUGCAGACCAGGCCGUCGCUAGAUGGAACACCACAAAGCAACAUCGUUGAUUUGACGGAAUAUGUCAAAGAGGUGUCAAAUGAUGCUGACAAAUUGUUUAAAGAAUGCGAAAAAGGACCACCGGAAUUGACAAACAUACUGGGCACCAUCCAAGAGCGCUGCUCGCAGAUAGUGUCGCGAGCUGCCCGACUAACCACCGCCGAUAGCUUCGACCAGGGUGAGGAGGCGGGCUGGAUGGACAUCGAACAGUUCGCCGAGGAAUGUGACCAGCAUUUGAACGGGAUAAACUACAUGCUAGAGAAUCUGAACGACGGCAAACUCAAGAUCGACCUGCAGGAGAAGGCCACGCGGCUUUCCGAAGAUUGUAAUAUGUUGAGGUUCGCGACAAAGUGCGCGCUAGCCUCCAGUCAAGGCGUAUCGCUAGACGCGACGCUCGACGACCUGACCGACUUGGAGGGAAAGAUCGACGAGAUGCUGGCGGAAGGAGACAACUCACACGUUAUGCCGUCAUGGUCGAGUGAUUACGGUCGCGGACGGCUGGUAGCGGCGACGGCACGCGCGGGCGCCGGCAUCGCUCACGACUUGCCGCCGGCUUUCACGAGUUAUAUGGAUGACGUGCGCACGCGCACUGAUCUUAGCAACGAGCCUGAGAGGAACCAGAGCAAGGAGCACCUUCGCAAGGUGCUAGGUUUGCUGAAGGCGCUGACGAUGACCACCAGCCGCCACGUGGCUACCUGGCAGCCGCUCGGGCAGCCCGAGGCCGCUGACGUCACCGGCCAGAUACUGCAGGAGUUGGACAGCCACCACAGCCGUGUGAGCGCGACCAAAGGAAAGCCGCCUCGCUCGGCGCUCGCAGACCUCGACAUGAACCAGCUUCUGUACCCGCCCACCAUCAAGGUCGAAGGGGACCAGAAGCAAAUAUCGGACAAGCUGCAGCAAGCGGCGUCCAAGCUGUCCACCGCUACAAGCACCAUAAUGCAGAGCGCACACAAGCCGGAGUCGCUGUCUCGAAGUGCGCACGCCGCCGCCGCCGCCGCCGCCGGACUUGCGGCACAUGCCAGGGCUCUAAGGACUAACGAUGUGUCCCAAACCCAGAAGAUCGACGAGGCCACGAAGGAAAUGUCACUACAGACCUACAACGUGCUCAAGACAGCCGAUAUGCUGAGCCAGGAACCAAACAACAUUGCAAGGAGAAGGAAACUACUGGACGCGUGCAGACAAUUGAAUGACGCUAUCAAUCAGUUGGUCCGAACAACGACUCAAUCCAGCAGACUGCAUCGGGAGUGCGGCGCGCUAACAAGAGGCUUGCAGUUGCAACAAGCAUUGCUUGCCGCGCCGCUUCCAGCCGCUGCGCUGCGCUACGGAGACGCGAUGGCCGCGCUGCAGAACCAGCGUGACGUCAUCCGUGAGUGCCAUGUCAUAUUGUUGAAUGACGUCAAACAGACUGCGUCGCGAGUGCGGCGCGUUAACAAGAGGCUUGCAGGCUGCAAGUUGCAGCUGCUAAAACCUGGUCCGAGCCUGCAGCUGCUACAAGCCUUGCUUGCCGCGCCGCUUCCAACCGCUGCGCUGCGCUACGGAGACGCGAUGGCCGCGCUGCAGAACCAGCGUGACGUCAUCCAGAAGCUGAGCAACGACGAGGCGAUGUCGCGCGAGGAGUUCGCUCGUACUCUGAGCUACGUGAGCUCGGCCGUCUGCAACUCCACCGAGUACGCAGCGCAGUGCGCUUACUUGCUGGCCAUCGCGGACCAAAACAAGGACGUCGCCACGGAUGGGUUCAUAGAUGCCUCCAGGAUCCGUAGCCUGUCCGAGGCCGUCCAGGACACCUGCCAUCGCAUGAUCCGCACGGAUGUCGAACAGGCCAAAGCAGAAGAAUUGGUCCUCAGCAAGCAAACUCAAGACUUGCAGCAAGCUGUAUCCGAGGCCAAGGACCGAAGCAGGGAGGGCCCGCUAAAGGACCGCCUGGCCCACGCCGGGGCUUCCAUCGACUCUGCUGCUAUGGCGUUACAUGCGGCGGUCAAUCAGAAGACUCCUGAAAGGCCCUGCACAAGACCCACCGGGGCUUCCAUUGAUUCUGCUGCCAAAGCGUUACAUGCGGUGGUCAAUGAGAAGACGCCUGACAGGGCCAAACUGACCUCGUACACCAUACGACUGCUGGAUUGCGUGAAGGCGGUGGACGGCGCGGUGGAAAGCGCCUCGUUGGCGCCCGAGGUCAAAAACAUCUCGGCUGACGCUAAGGCACGCAGCGACGAUGUGCUGAAGAAUACCAGGACCCUGAAUAACAACAUGGUGUCGCUGGUCCGCGAAGUGAGGGCCGGCGAGGACGAUGACCCCAUGACGUGGGUGACAUUCGGCACCAGCAGGAAAGCCGUCCUGGACGCGUUUGAGGCUCUCUUCAACAGCGUCAAAGAAAAUGGCAAACGCGCUGGAGUCUUGGAAUCGUCGCAAUCCGAUGACGAGGAGGCGGACCAACCAAAAAAGAGUUAUGUGCAAAUACAAUUGGACCUAGCGAACAAGUGGCUGGCGAGACCAACUGUGAAGCCAGACGUCAAGACUGCGGGCGAGGAGGCUUCCAAAAACAUCAUCAAGAUUGGUGAACAGUUGGCGGAAGACCUCAAGGAUAACGAGAAGGAAGAAAUGUUACAGCUCACUCAAGACAGUAAGGCGCUGUUGGUUGACUGCGCGAAGAAAUACGACAAUCAAAAGGCGCGUGCGUUGAUGGAGCGCCUCAAGGAAUUGAAGAAGAGCAUCGAGCGCGGCGUGGUCACGAGAAUUGUCGAAGACUUCCUGGAAGGACACGAGCCUCUCGCGGAUUUGGACAUCCUCGCCGAAAUCGAAAAAGGUAAAUCCUUGACUCAAUAG